AUGAACAUGGUAAAGAGCCCGGAGCCGCUGCCGCAGCGGUUGGCGGGGAUGGUGGCUGUCCGGGAGACGUCUCCAGCCUGGUCUGCGCUGGGAGAGGAGGGGCCGGCGACCAUGAAAAAGGAGAAGAGCCACGGGCAGGAUGAGGCUGACUGUAGGGCAAAGCUGAUCCUCAUCAAUGGGGACAAAGCACCUGGCGUUGUCCUGGAAGCCAAUGGGAAGCCCAGCACUCCAGGUUCCAGGGGCCUGGGGCUGCUGCCCCUGAAGAAGGAGAAGGAGAGCAAUGGAGACCUCUCCAAGGAGGACCUGGCCUGGCCACUGGAUCUGCCAGUGCAGAGGGCAGGGCGGACCCGGCAGGAGACGCGGCUCAAGGACCCGGCCCGCAGCGUGGAGCCUCUCAGGGAGCUGCCAACGCCCGUGCGGAGCUCCAGGCGUCGCUCUGCCGUGCCCACGCCCAUGACCAUCGACCUGACGGAGGAGGACUCUCAGGACUCAUCGCAGAGCAGCAGCACACUCUCGGGGAGCAGCUCCCAGGAGGGCCAGAACGGCUCUGCUGAGCUGGGGGCCGAGGAGGCAGAGAGCAGAGACAUGGGCAUGGCACUGGAGUACCAGGAUGGGAAGGAGUUUGGAAUUGGGGAGCUUGUCUGGGGGAAGAUCAAAGGUUUUUCUUGGUGGCCUGCGAUCGUCGUGUCCCACAGAGCCACGGCCAAGCGCCAGGCGGUGUCGGGCAUGCGCUGGGUGCAGUGGUUUGGAGACGGGAAGUUCUCCGAGGUUUCUGCAGACAAACUGGUGGGACUGAUGGCUUUCAGGCAGCAUUUCAAUUCCUCCACGUUCAACAAGCUGGUGUCCUACCGCCGUGCCAUUUACCACGCUCUGGAGGUGGCCCGGAGCCGGUCGGGGAAGACAUUUACAACAGGCCCCAGGGAGUCUCUGGAGGAGCAGCUGAAGCCCAUGAUCGACUGGGCAAUCACUGGCUUCAAGCCCCUGGGGCUCAAGGGACUGCUGCCACCCAAAGGCUCAGAGAAUGGGGUGCUGAGGAAUGGCACAGAGGAGGUGGUGUCCCUUGAACAGUGUCCCCCCACCAAGAGGCUGAAGACCUACCCCUGCAACAGCAGCAAGGAGCAGCGUGUGGAAGAGGACCAGACCCGAGAGCAAAUGGUUUCUGACGUUACGAACAACAGCGGGAAGUUGGAAGAUAGCUGUUUGUCCUGUGGGAGGAGGAACCCGGCCACUUUCCACCCACUGUUCAAGGGAGGCCUCUGCCAGACAUGCAGGGAUAGAUUCUUGGAGUACUUCUACAUGUAUGAUGAAGAUGGGUACCAGUCCUACUGCACCGUCUGCUGCGCAGGCAAGGAGCUGCUGCUCUGCAGCAAUGCCAGCUGCUGCAGGUGCUUCUGUGUGGAGUGUCUGGACGUGCUGGUGGGGCGAGGGACGUCAGCCAGAGUGAAGGAGCAGGAGCCCUGGAACUGCUACAUGUGCCAGCCCCAGCAGAGCCGCGGCGUGCUGCAGCGCCGGCAGGACUGGAACGCUCGCCUGCAGGACUUCUUCACCAGUGACAAGGGACAGGAAUAUGCUGCGCCCAAAAUCUACCCAACAGUUCCUCCAGCGAAGAGGAGACCAAUUCGAGUGCUCUCGUUGUUCGAUGGGGUGACAACAGGGUACACGGUGCUGAAGGACUUGGGCAUCCAGGUGGAGAAGUACAUUGCCUCAGAGAUCUGUGAGAACCCCAUGGCCGCAGGCAAAGUGCGGCCCGAGGGCAACAUCACCUACGUGCGCGAUGUCAGGAACAUAACCAAGAGAAAUAUUGAGGAGUGGGGUCCUUUUGACCUGGUCAUCGGUGGAAGCCCCUGUGACGACGUCUCCCUUGUCAAUCCAACCAGGAAGGCUCUGUUUGAAGGAACUGGCAGGCUGUUCUUUGAGUUCUACCACCUGCUCAACUACGCCCGUCCCAAGGCAGGCGAGGAGCGACCAUUCUUCUGGAUGUUUGAGAACGUGGUGGCCAUGAGGAUCAAUGACAAGAGGGACAUUUCCCGGUUUCUGGAGUGUAACCCAGUUAUGAUUGAUGCAAUCAAGAUAUCAGCUGCCCACCGAGCUCGUUACUUUUGGGGCAACCUCCCUGGGAUGGACAGGAUCUUUGGCUUCCCCCUGCCCUACACGGAUGUCUCCAACAUGGGCCGCGGGACUCGCCAGAAGCUGCUGGGGGGCUCGUGGAGCGUCCCUGUCAUCCGGCACCUCUUCUCCCCACUCAAGGAUUACUUUGCCUGUGAAUAG